AUGGUCGAGCUCUUUUGCGAGUUCGACCACCCUGAGGGAGAUGUGAAAAAUUACUCUCGAUGGCUGGACACAUACGAUGGCUAUGUGGGGAGCGAGUAUACUUACAAAGAUGUGGCAUACAAUUCCAUUACUAUCCGUGCUGGAAGCGGCCAAGCCGAUGGCAUCAAUUUUACUGCUCAAGCGCGCCUUAACAUAGAAGGGGCCUCAGCAAACGUAUCCACAAACGGCACAUCUGUUGAUAUCCGUAAUGCCGACGCCUUAACUAUUUUCGUUGAUGCAGAGACGUCAUACCGCUAUGCAGACCAACAAGAGUGGGAAGGAGAGCUCAACCGCAAGCUCGACAAUGUUGUUGCCACUCCAUAUGCUGAAAUAGAGCGUGAUGCACUUGAUGACUACACAAGCUUGGCGCACAGAACAUCUCUGGACUUGGGGUUCUCUGGGGACAUCGGCUUGCUACCAACAAUAGAUCGGCUCCGAAGAUGGCAAAAUGUCACCAUGGGAGGUGAUCCAGAGCUGGCAACCCUGCAAUUCAACCUUGGACGAUAUAUGCUCAUCACAUCUUCGCGAAAGGAGCAUGGCAUUGUUUCAUUGCCAGCAAAUCUCCAAGGUGUCUGGAGCCAGCGUUACGAUCCUCCAUGGGGAGGCAAAUACACAAUAAAUAUUAACACGGAGAUGAACUACUGGCCAGCUGAAGUCACUAACCUUGCGGAGACUCAUCUUCCCUUAUUCGACUUAAUCGAGGUCGUACGGCCCAAAGGUAGAGACGUUGCAAAAAGGAUGUACAACUGCCCCGGCUUCAUGACCCAUCACAACACCGACUUGUGGGGAGAUUCAGCACCUGUCGACAACGGCACACAAUGGACCAUGUGGCCCAUGGGAGCAGCCUGGCUCUCCCUGCACCUGAUCGAACACUACCGCUUCAACGGCAACAAGACCUGGCUCGAACACUCCGCCCUCCCCGUCCUCCAAGAAGUCGCCGACUUCUACUACUGCUACCUCUUCGAACACCCCUCCUCCGGCUACUACGCCACGGGCCCCUCCAUCUCCCCCGAAAACAGCUUCCGCCUCUUCCCCGACCAAACCGCCCCCAACGCCACCGAAGCCAUCGACGUCGCGCCGACCAUGGACAACGAGAUCCUCUGGGAACUCUUCUCCGCCAUCGUCGAGGCCGGCGCCGCGCUCGGCCGUUCCUCUUCCGACGACCCAGCGCUGGCCAAAGCCCAGCACUACCUCGCCAACCUCCAACCGCCCCAGAUCUCCCCCUCGCUCGGCACGAUCAUGGAGUGGCGCCGCGACUACGCCGAAGCGGAGCCCGGCCACCGGCACGUCUCGCACCUCUUCGGCCUCUUCCCGGGGCGCAGCAUCGACCCCGCCGUCUCGCCGUCCCUGGCUGCUGCAGCGAACAAGACGCUGCAUCGGCGUCUGGAGCAUGGUGGUGCUGGCACCGGCUGGUCGCGUGCGUGGACGAUAUCGUGGUUCGCGCGGCUGGGGGACGGCGACGCGGCGUGGGAGAAUGUGGCGCAGUUUCUGAACACGUCGGUGAAUGAUAAUUUGUUCUCGAAUAAUCCGUAUCCGACGUUCCAGGCUGAUGGGAAUUUUGGGUUCGUCGCGGGUGUGGUGGAGAUGGUGUUGCAGAGCCAUUCGGCGGGCGGAGUGGUGCAUUUGUUGCCGGCGCUGCCGAGGGGGGAGGUGCAGGAUGGGGAGGUGAAGGGGUUGGUGGCCAGAGGCGGGUUUGUGGUGGAUGUGGCGUGGGAAGGUGGGAGGCUGAAGGAAGCGACGGUGGAGUCGAGGUUGGGGAAUCGGUUGGCGUUGAGGGUGGCGGAUGAGGAGGGGUUCAAGGUUAAUGGGGGGGAGUACAGCGAGCCGCUGGAUACGGUUGCGGGUGAGAAGUUUGUUGUAGGUCUGUAG